GGGUGGAUUUCACUGACGCAUUCCUUUUGGAACAAUAAAUAGAGCGAACAAGGCUCCUUCUAGUUCACAAGUCUGAGAAGACGCAUGAAGAAGUUCUUGCUUCAACAGUGAUUGAACGGAACUCCUCUGCCUUCGUCCCGCAUUAUAGAACAUUAAGGAUUAAUGACAUAGCACUUACUUGAACUAUAAUAGCAAUAUAGUUUAAACUCUAUUUUUUUACUUUUUAUUUUGAUAUAAAAGAAAAUCUGCCAAGAUGGAGUCUCAGAUCCGCCAGAACUAUCACCACGAUUGCGAAGCUGCCAUCAACCGGAUGAUCAACUUGGAGAUGUUUGCCUCCUACACCUACACUUCAAUGGCUUUCUAUUUCUCCCGUGACGAUGUGGCUCUGCGAGGCUUCGCGCAUUUCUUCAAGGAGAACAGCGACGAGGAGCGGGAGCACGCGGACAAGCUACUCUCCUUCCAGAACAAGAGAGGUGGACGCAUUUUACUCCAGGACAUCAAGAAGCCAGAACGUGAUGAGUGGGGCAAUGGGCUGGAGGCCAUGCAGUGUGCUCUGCAGCUGGAGAAGAAUGUGAACCAGGCCCUGCUGGACCUGCACAAGAUUGCCUCUGACAAGGUUGACCCCCAUCUGUGUGACUUUCUGGAGACCCAUUACCUGAAUGAGCAGGUGGAGGCCAUUAAGAAGCUGGGAGACCACAUCACCAACCUCACCAAGAUGGAUGCUGUCAAAAACAAGAUGGGAGAGUACCUGUUUGACAAGCACACCCUGGGAGGCCAGAGCUAAACCACUUCCAUCCCCAGGCUAUGGCCUCAUGCCUCAGACCAGGACUCCUGGCUUCUCUGAUAGAUCCUCCUGGCUUUGCUUUUAUAGGGAUGGGAGAGUGUUAAACUGGUGAAUUGCAACACUGCUGUGACAUUGUUUCUGUUGACAACACUACUGUAUUUUGGAGGCAAGGCUUCUUGUAAAACAAUAAAAAAAAAAUCACGUAAGUUUGUUUCUGCUUUCUAAGUGUUGACCUGUAGUAAUGGAUGUUGUAUCAGUCUAUUCAGGUGCUUUGCUCUUUUACUGAGCGUCUUCAUACCAGUGAGAAAUAUUUAAUUGCAGACCUACUAGUGACUGAGGGUCAUAACAAUAGAAGUUAAACAUGAGUUUUAAAGGAUGUUACCUCUGACCACAGGGUGGCACUAUUACAAGAUACAGUAAAGGACAUUUCAAUUAAGGACCCAGCUGUCAACUCCAGCGCCGUAGGAGUGAAACUGUUACCUACAAUUGAUGUAGACCUUUACACUGUGCAUCACAAGUUUAUUAGACAGCCUAGAGGUCAAUCAAAACUGUUAGCCAGCUGUUAUGGCACAUUUCUCUAGUGAUGGGAAGUUUGGCUCUGACUGGCAAAUCUCCACUUAUUUAUUUCAUUUGGUAAUGCCCAAUAGUUCCCCAUAAGUUACAGAACGCUGUCAUUUUGGUAAUUAACAGGCAAAUUGAACUUUAAUACUUGAACUGAAAAAUAUUGUUUUCAAGAUAUAAAGGAGUUUCUGGUGGCUAGACCACUUGGUUAAAGGGGAAGAUGGUCUACUCGGCAUUGGAAUUUUCAACUAUUCUUUAUACAACCAAUUAUUGACAUGGUAAAAUUGAGUACAUUUGUAUGGUAUUGACUAUCUUGGUUUAUAUUUAGGGUAGUUUUGCAGCUUUGUCAUUCUAUUUGAAAACAUAUUUUACACAAAGAGGGCCAGAGAUUUGUAAUCUGAUGUACCCAAAAAGGCCACUAGAUGGCAUCUGAUUAAAUUGCAUAUUCCUUCAUUUCCCAACAUUUUGUAUUUAUGGAUCCCUAUUAGCUGCU